CCCCUUACCUCGAUCACACCCAGAGGCCUUGAGACUCCGACCUCCACACUUUACGCGUCUAUAAAAAGAGCUUUCCUCCUCUGAGGAAGCAACAGCAGACCUUCUCCUACUGAGCAUUUCAUCACAGAGCACAGAGAAAGCAGAGGAGGAGGAGAGGGAUCACAGUUAAGUGUCGCCACUCUGGAAGAUCUGUGGACAAACGGAGAAAAGGGAAGAAUACAGGAAAGGAACGCUUUUGGAAAAGGCUGAAGAUGGUGUGUCUAUGUUGGUUGUUCGUGGUGGUGAUGGCGUAUGUGUGCGUCCCCGGGUUUGGGUCAAAAUGCUCCAUCUGCAACGACCUGAGCAACAAGGGAAGGAUACUGGACUGUAUUCACCUCUGCAUGUCAGUCAUUCAGACCGAACUCCCCCUCAGUCCAUUGGCCUUGAACGUGAAUGACGACGAUGACCUCUUGCUCAGCAUCCUCCUGGCCAGCCUGGUGUCUGAAGACAAGAUACCAGGGUCAUAUCUGAAAGACCACACCGAUGAGCGACGCUCCUAUUCAAUGGAGCAUUUCCGUUGGGGCAAACCCACUGGUCGUAAACGCCGGCCUGUCAAAGUCUUUGCCUCCAGUCUGGAGGGAGGGGGCUCCUCUGAGGGCAGUUUCCCCCGCCAUGUGCGCCGGGAGCUGAGCAGCAACAAGGAUGAAAUGAUGGGGCAGCUGAAUGGAGGGGGUCAGAUCCAGGUGUUGCCAAAGGCGAGAGUCAGACCUAAGUCUCAAGCGUUGGGCCCGCAGGAGAGGAAAGAUGGGACCUAUCGGAUGAGUCACUUCAGGUGGGGGAGACCGACUUCUAAACGUAAUGGCAGCUUAAAGAAACAGUGGGGGGGAGGAACUCGGCGGCAGCUGACCAAGCUCUUCAAGAACAUUAUCGUGAAGGAUGUACAGAGGAUAAUGGGCUGAAUGUAGGAUGGAGGCGAGAGAAUCUAAUAGCCAUUGCAUGUUAGUAUCCACAGCUCUUUAUUUUAAACUAACUUGUCACAAUCAUUAGCAUGAAUGUAUUUUCUGGGUCGCAUUACAACC